AUGGCAUUUAAAUUGCAUAAAUGUAUUAUUAAAGAAUCACCGCAAAAUCUUCAACUUCUCUACCAAAAUAAGGUGUUGGAUGAGAAAAAAAGUUUGUCAGUUUAUGGUUCAAGUUUUGAUAUUCUAAAUCCAAUGGUUAUCGGUUUAUCAUUAAAGAUGGAUAAUGGAGAAUUUGAGCCAUUAGACAUAACUCCAUACUCAGAGCCACCAUUAGAAAAUUUGCUAUAA